AUUUGCAUCUUCUUGCAUCACUUCUGUACAAUGUCUGGAAUUUGCAGAGCACGUCUCGCUGAGGAGCGUAAACAGUGGCGCAAGGAUCACCCAUUCGGAUUUUACGCCAAGCCGACUAAAGCCUCGGAUGGCUCCAUGAAUCUGCUGGAGUGGGAGGUCGGAAUUCCGGGGAAGGCGGGGACGCCUUGGGAAGGCGGUGUAUACAAGCUCAUGAUGAUAUUCCCAGAAGACUAUCCCUCGAAACCGCCGAAGUGCAAAUUCGCGCCCCCAUUGUUCCAUCCGAACGUGUAUCCCUCAGGAACUGUCUGCUUGUCUAUCCUGGACGAAGAGAAGUCGUGGAAGCCUGCAAUUACCAUCAAGCAGGUCCUACUUGGCAUCCAAGAGCUCCUCAAUGAUCCUAACGUAAACGAUCCAGCCCAGAGCGACGCUUACACGAUGUUCAAGAAUGACAGAGUGGCAUACGAGCGAAGAGUACGGCAGCAAGCUCGGGAGAAUAUUCCGAAAUGACAUGACAUGAUCUUCCCGAGGGCUACUUUGUGCGUAUUGUAUCAUAUUUCAACUUUCGUUGUUGUAGCACACCAUGAAGGCUUCUGAUAAACCUUACUA